GAUGUGGAAUUGUGAUGAGCAAAGGGCAGAAUAUUAAGAGAGAAAGAGAGAGAAAGGGUUAGGGUUAGGGUUUGGAAGCAGAAUGGGUGGAUCAGUGAGAGACGUGAAGUCGAAGGGCGAGGUUGAUGCGGUGGUGGGUGGCGGUUCUCCGGUUAUCCUCCACUUCUGGGCCUCCUGGUGUGAAGCUUCCAAGCACAUGGACCAACUCUUCUCUCACUUGUCCACUGAUUUCCCCAACGCACACUUCUUAAGGGUUGAAGCCGAAGAGCAACCCGAGAUUUCCGAGGCUUAUUCCGUCUCUGCUGUUCCUUUCUUCGCCUUCUGCAAGGAUGGCAAGACCUUUGAUACAUUGGAAGGAGCUGAUCCAUCAAGCUUAGCCAAUAAGGUUGCUAAAGUAGCAGGCUCAAUCAACACUGGAGAAGCUGCAUCUCCUGCUAGUCUUGGGAUGGCUGCAGGACCCGCUGUUCUCGAAACGGUGAGAGAAUUAGCAAAAGAUGAUUCUUCAAAGGAGAAAAGUCAAGUACAACCAGGGCUUAGUGCUCCUCUGAAAAAUAGAUUGCAGCAGCUUGUUGACUCUCAUCCUGUUAUGCUUUUCAUGAAAGGAACUCCUGAAGAGCCAAAAUGUGGAUUUAGCAGAAAAGUUGUUGAUGUGUUGAAGGAAGAAAAGGUCAAGUUUGGAAGUUUUAACAUCCUGUCAGAUUCAGACAUUCGUGAAGGCUUGAAGAAGUUUUCCAACUGGCCCACAUUUCCUCAGCUCUUCUGUAAAGGAGAACUUCUGGGUGGGUGUGACAUAACACUUGCAAUGCACGAGAGUGGAGAAUUGCAAGAAGUUUUUAAAGAUCAUGGAAUUGAUACCAUUGAUGCAGCAAAAGAAAAAGAAUCGGGAGAUGCUAAAGGUGGCAUCUCUAAAUCCACUGAUUUGAGCACAGCCUUAUCCUCUCGUCUGGAAAGCCUGAUAAAUUCUAGCCCAGUUAUGCUGUUUAUGAAGGGAAAACCAGAUGAACCCAAGUGUGGUUUCAGUAGGAAGGUGGUUGACAUUCUCCAGCAAGAGAAUGUGCACUUCGAGAGUUUUGACAUUCUUACUGAUGAAGAAGUCCGUCAAGGGCUCAAGGUUUAUUCAAACUGGUCAAGUUAUCCUCAACUGUAUAUCAAGGGAGAGCUUAUUGGGGGAUCAGACAUUGUGUUGGAGAUACAAAAAAGCGGGGAACUUAAGAAGAUUUUACACGAGAAAGGGAUUCUUCCUGCAGAAACCCUUCAAGAUCGUCUGAAAAAAUUGAUUGCAGCUGCCCCUGUGAUGCUCUUCAUGAAGGGCACCCCAGAUGCACCAAGAUGCGGUUUUAGUUCCAGAGUUGCUGAUGCCCUUAGACAGGAAGGCUUGAGUUUUGAGUCCUUUGAUAUAUUGAGUGAUGAUGAGGUGAGACAGGGAUUGAAGGUAUACUCAAACUGGCCAACCUAUCCCCAGCUCUACUACAAAAGUGAGCUGAUUGGUGGUCACGAUAUUGUGAUGGAGCUGCGAAAUAAUGGAGAGCUGAAAUCGACUUUAUCUGAGUAGGAUUAUUAUUAUUAUUCCAUCAAUGUCUUAGAAGCCAUUUUGGUUGUGUAUUGGUAUUUGGAACUAGUGUGUGUGACUGUUGACACCAUACACGGCGAUUUUGAUCCCGGUGUCAGUUGUUUGAUAACAUCAUAACGAUCUACAUGGUUACUUUACAUACUACAGCCAGUUUACUAUCAUUGAUAAUUUUAAACCUC